ACCACGGAGCGCACAACACUGUCAGUGUGGAUUUGGUGAUUUUUUUUAUUCGGUGAACAGGAUUUAAGCAAAGCAAACUCACGUACAUUGUCAUAGAGCCGGUGCUUUCGUCUCUUGAUACGGCUGUCCACCCGAACAGCCCGGCCCAACGACUCAGUGCGCAAUCGAAAUCCGCCUAGGAUGGAGUUCUACGAACCUACUCCGUUGGCAUUGGGUUAUGGCAAUGAAACCCGCGAAUGGUUUGUGGAAAAAUGGGACGCAUUGCUGGAUACGAUCGGAGAUGACCAGGAGACGCUGUACGUGUGGGUGCUGACAUUCUACACUAACGCCAUCUACUGGAUACUUGGUGGACUGUUUGUGUUGAUGGAUCUGACCGAGUGGCCCAAGUUUAUGCGCAAGUACAAAAACCAGCCAGGCAUGAACGAGCCACUAGACUGGGAAAAGUUCAAGAAGCUAGUGAAAACGCUGCUCUUCAACCAAACAGUGGUCGGUAUCCCGACGGCUUACAUUGCGUUCAAUCUCAAUCGUAACGGAAUACCACCAACGAGGGCACUGCCGUCCGCGUUUACGAUCGUGCGUGAUUUUGCCGUGUGUAUCACGCUGUGGGAGAUCACAUUCUACUACAGCCACCGUUUACUACACUCGCGAUUCUUCUACAAGUAUGUGCACAAGAAGCACCACGAGUGGACCGCACCGGUGGCCCUGGCCGCCAUGUAUGCGCAUCCGUUCGAGUACGUCAUCAGCGAUCUGCUGCCCGUGUUUGCCGGUCCGGCCGUAAUGAAGUGUCACGUUUCGACCACCGCCAUCUGGUUUGCGUUCGUUAUGGUGGAUACCGUGCUGGAUCACUGCGGAUACCAUCUGCCGUUCCUUUCUAGUCCGGAAUCGCACGAUUACCAUCACCUCAAAUUCAAUCAGUGCUUUGGGCUGUACGGAUGGAUGGACUGGUUCCACGGUACGGACUCGGAGUUCCGGAAGAAGAAACAGUUCCAGAGGCAUAACCGCAUCAUCGGGUUUCAAUCAGCGCGGGAGCUAGUGCCGGACAAGUGAGCGUCCUCUCCGUAGGACGCACCUUUUUGUUCUGCCUCUCGCCAUUCGACUGCGCCUUACCAAAAUCCAAACGAUGAUGGGCCGUUUUUUAACGGUCAUAGGUUUAACUGAGCAGGGUGAAAAAUGUAUUUGUGUAAGGGUCCUAAUCUUAUUGCGUGAUAGUCAAGUUUAAAAUAGUUGUUUAUAGGGCAAUACAACCAGUUCGCUGCAAUGUCAUCAUGUGAAAAAAAACGUGACGCCAGCAUGUGUACAGUACAAAUCAAUAAUACGACAGAAAA